UUGCUCAUUGUAUCGAACGAUGUCUACGUAUGUAUGUAUCUCUGAUUCAGUGACAAUCGCUCCGGCGACGAGAAAUAUCUGCGGGUCACCUGAUUUGAGUGGAGUAAUGGCGUCUGGGAUCGUCGGAGGAGGUGGAUCCUUGUCGGAGGUAUAUAGCAGUGCGAAAAGGAUUCUACUCAGGGCUCGCGACGGAAUCGAGAAGCUGGAGAGGUUCGAGUCCGCUGCUCCUAUGGAUUCUUCCGAUCUGUCCUCCUCCGUGAAACGAGACAUUACUGAGGUCCAAUCUCUCUGCUCUAACAUGGACAGUCUCUGGCGCUCAAUCUCUGUUAAAUCCCAGCGCGAUCUCUGGAGAAGAAAGACUGAACAAGUAGGAGAAGAGGCCGAGUAUCUGAACCAAAGUCUGGAAAAAUACAUGUGGAGGAAUCAGAAAAGGAUGUUGGAAGCUAAAGAGAGAGCGGAUUUGUUAGGGAGAAGAAGCGGAGAGGGAGCUCACAUAUUGCAGAUAUUUGAUGAGGAGGCUCAAGCAAUGAGCUCUGUGAAGAACUCAAAGAGAUUGCUAGAAGAUUCAUAUUCAAGUGGAGUUGCUAUCCUCUCCAAAUAUGCUGAACAAAGGGAUCGCUUAAAGAGGGCACAACGUAAAGCUUUGGAUGUUCUGAACACCGUAGGGCUCUCCAACUCUGUGCUGAGGCUCAUCGAGAGGCGAAACCGUGUUGACACAUGGAUCAAAUACGCCGGUAUGAUCGCAACAAUUGUCAUAUUGUAUCUGUUCAUAAGAUGGACACGCUAAACCUGAAGGAAAAUAAUGGAAUGGCUUUAGUUACACAGAUUGUAUGUAGAGAGAGAGUUAUGUGACUUCUUGUGCUUGGUUGGGUAAAAGGAUGCAUUUUGUUUUGUUUAUGGCUCUUGCAACAUAGUUCAUCAAGUUUGAGAUUAUCAAAGUAGUACCCAUUUUCUCCAUUUCCUUAACAGAGUUUUGUGAUGUCUCAUGGAUUGUGGAUUGGAUAAAAAACACAGAGCGUUUAAAUGUGUUGAUUUUUAACCUUAAACAAAACUCUAUCUAAGAUCAAAUUUGAUAUGUAAAAUUAUAUAUGAAAGAUAAUUU